CUCUCUUUACGUGUAGAGAGAGACACAGCCUGCCAUAGCAAUACUGAACAAAGAAAACACAACACUCGUUCGUACUCCACAAAACAAGAUAUCUCAACAACCAUCAAAACAAUCAGCAAAACCUUGUUGCCUCAAUGAAUUACUACUACUACUACUCUCUCAAUUCAUUCCUAUCCUCCAAUCCACACCCUAAUAAAUACCCAUAUCGCCGUAACCCCAGUCAGACCUCCACCGUCUCUUGUUCCCUCCGCCGCCACCACCGCCGCCGGAAAACCCCGAAAAAUCCCACCCAACCCAAACCCACUUCGCCCUCCGCCGACGAGAAGCUCCAGAUAGCCAUCAACUUCCAACCCUUCUCCAACAAACCCUCAUCGCUUCCUGUUAUUAGAAAGGCGUUGAACGAAUUCGUUCGGUCCGGUAACGAAGCCCUGGAAGACCUGACGACCUUGAUCGCUCUAGACGCCGACCGGGGGGUUGUAAUCUCGUGCCGUCCCUCCACGCUUCGAUUCGUGGGCGGUUUGGUUGCUUGCAGUUUCGUAAUUGUGGUUUUGGUGAAAUUAGGGUUAGGGUUUUGGGGUAAAAUGGGGUUUGGGAAUAGAAGUAGGGUGGUGAGGAGGAGGGAUAGGAGUCUUGGGGGAAGAGAAGUAGUUGUUGCCACCAGGAGAGAUGCACAUGAUGGUGAAAUUAGGGUUUUGGAAAAUUCUCCGGCAGCGGUUCGGGCUGUCGGGUCAGAGGAGAUGUGGGAGAGUAGGGCUAGGAGGGUGGAGGAGGAGAUGUUGCCGAGUUGGUGGCCGGUUUCGUUACCGCCUCCUGUUUUAAUCGAUGAAAAGGAGCAGUAUCAGAGGAUGGCCAGCAGAUUAAUUCGAGCAAUCAUGGACUACAGAAUAGGCGGAAAGGACAUCUUGGAGGAUGAUAUUAUUCAAUUCCGUCGGUUAUGCAGGACAUCUGGAGCGAGGGUGUCGUUUGACACAACCAAUGGACGCGAUUCUUUUUACCGUGCAUCUGUUCAUUUUGUUUUCGAUCAUUGUGACAGAGUGCAAAAUCACUCUACUUCUGUUCAGAUAGAUGGAGAGGAUGCUCGGCAAUUCGUUGCUGGGCUUGCUGAUAACAUUGGUCUUGAGAACACUCGUGCUGCGAGAAUAGUUUCUGCAGCUGUUGCUGCUUGCACACGGUCGUGCUUUUUACAGGCUUGGGCUCUGGAAAUGCAAGGUAAACAUUCUGAAGCAGCAGUGGAACUGUCAAAGAUAUGUCUCAUUCACCGGAUAUUUCCUCCAGAAGAGUGCUCUCCUGAGAUGGAGAUGGUGGCUCGAGGCCUUGAGAAGCAUUUAAAAGUACAGCAAAGGGAAUUUUUGAUGGACACGCUUGUUGGGGUUUGUGGCAAAGGGAGCCAUAGAAGUAUGGCGGAAGCUCUGGGUCUGGUACCAUCAAUGGAAGGGGUUCGCAAUGAGUAGAUAGGGAAACAAGUUACAGCAUAAAUGGUACUGACUGUGAAUUGCGUCCUAUUGGUUCUAAAGCGUUGCAGUUGGGACUUAUGAUAAUUCAUUGUUAUUUGUCUUCCACAGGUUUCUUUGCUGUAAUACUAAUUUGUAAAUCACAGGAAUAAUCAAUGGGAGUCUUCCUCUUUUGAUCUUCUGCUGCAAUUUUGAGCAA